GGGGCCGGGCCAUCAGCGGGAGCUGGGGACCGACUGCAUGGGGCGCCAGCGGCGGCGGGUGGACCGAGCAGCCGGGGCCGGGUCGGGGACCCUGCCCGAGGCCAUCGCCGCGCUGAGUCGAGCGCUGCCCUGCGGGCCCAGCCCCGAGACCUUCCGCCGUGCCAAGUUCGACCGCCCGGAGGCGGCCCCCGCGCUCUGGCAGCUGCUCUUCCGGGUGCUCUCCCCGAUCUCGGAGGCCGGCGCGACGGCCCCUCCGGCCCCUGAGGCCCAAGCCCGCUUGGUGAAGGCCGCGCUGCGCUCCGAGGGCUACCCGCGGCCGGCGCUGGCCCAGCUCCCCGAGGACGGCUCCCGGGGCAGCCGUGAGCUGCUGCUGGCCCUGUCCUGGCUGCUGGCCCGCCGGCCUCUGCUUGAGCGACUGCUGGCCCGGACCCGAGUGCGGCUGGGUGAUGAGGUGGCCGUGUGCGAGUGCCUUGGGGUGUCCACUGGGUGUUUGGGAACAGAGCCUGAUCCUUGUCCCCUCCAGUGUGAGGACCUGGCCUUUGGCAGGGCCAACACUGGCCUGCCUGCUCUGGGCUUGGGAUCUGAGCUCCAUGUGGACAUCCGCCACGUGCAGUGGUUGAUGGGAAAGCUACGGUUCCAGUGGCGAAACCUGGUGUCCACCCAGCAGGAGCAGUGUGCCCUCCUCAGCAAGGUAGCCUUGGAGGAUGGGACAUGGGGUCGCUGCUGCUGUCUCCCGCUGCCUCCCGCCCAGCCUGGGUCCACACUGUUUCAGAUCCACUCGUACACAUGGGGCUGCCACAGCGACCAGUGCCUUGGCCACCUGUCUGCCACCGAGACGGAGGUGCUCAGGGACCCCGAGGGCAGCCAGCAGCUGCUGCAGGUGCUAGAGCAGGAAAACGCACACCUAGCAGCCACUGUGGAGUGGCGGCGCCGGGAGCUGGUCUUCUGGCAGUGGAUGGACACAGUCCUGGACACCUGCCCCCAACAGGCCCCUGACGCUGGCUCUCAGCCCGUGUUUCUGCCCAAGAUCCCUGACCACAGGGGCGGGCAGUGGGAGCUGGUGGCAGGGGAGAUGCAGGCCCUUGAAGAGGAGCUGCGGGCAGCCGCAGAGCCCCGACGGGCAGCAUGGGAGGCGCAGGUCCGAGGCCAGAGCCGGGAUCUUGCGUGGAGCUCUGCACUGCGGGCCUUGCAGGAGACCGUGGGACAGGAGCUGGCGGCCCUGCGGUGGGCCUGGGACCAAGGAAGGGACCCGGCCCAGCCCCAUGGGCUCUACCGGCUGGUGAGGAGUGAGCCGGGGGCACCAGCGGGCCGGGGCCUACAGGCUGCCGAGGUGAUCGGGGCGCUGAGGAGCAAGGAGGCCUGCCUGGAAGCAGCACUGCGGCAGCUGCAGGGACAGUGUCGGCGGGAGCUGGCCAGGCUGGUGGGGGCCCUGCCGGGCUUUGUCUGGAUCUCGUCGCCUGUACGCUGAGGCCGCCUGACACACCCUCCUUGGUGGGAACCUGCACAGCUCAGCCUGACUCUGGGGACAGCAGGCGCAGAGCCCGGGACUGUGCUCUCUCGAGGGCUGGGGCCGUCCUGACCCACCUUCUGGCCACAGCACCAAGUGGGUACAGGGCCCUGGCAUGGCUGCUCCCCCCACCACCACCCCAGGAGGUCGUGAGGGGCUUGGUCUGUUGUCCUGGGUCUCCAGGGCCGGGGUGGACCCAGAAAUAAAUCAUGGAGGCCCCCCUGCGGAGUCGA